AUGAAGACGUCGACAGCCAUGUGUAGAAUUGGGAAAUUAUUUGGGAUCCUUUUCCUAAUCCCACAUCUGGGCUUCUGGAGCAUCCAUGGGGAGGAGUCAUGUAAAGAACAACUUUCCGUGAAGAGACAUUCAGCAUACCAUGCCCCGGCAGGAAGUUCCUUUAAAUUGGAAUGCCCUGUCAAAUACUGUGCUAAGAGACCCAAUAUAACUUGGUGCAAAUUCAAUGGAACACAGUGUUUGCAACUUGGAGAUAGACUUCAGCCACACACAAGUUGGGAAGAAAGGCAGAAUAUUUCAGUAUUUUUUCUACAUUUUGAACCAGUGCUUCCUAGCGACAAUGGCUCAUAUAGCUGUCUUGCGUAUUUUCCGUCUUUUGUCUCUCCAAGUCAUUCAAUAAUCCUUUAUGUGACAGAUGCAUCAACUGCCUCAGGACCACCCUCAAAGGAAGAGGUGGCAGACAAGCUGUGGCUCCUCUACAGUCUGCUUCCUGUGGGAGGAUUGUUUCUCUUCAUCAUUGCCUGUUUCUGCUUGUUCUGCUACCUAAAAAGGCAUCAAGGGAAACAAAAGAAGUCUUCUGAUAUGGAAGGAAGGGAAAUUAACCUGGUGGAUGUCUCUCAGCCCUUGAGGAGUGAACAAGCUGAAGUGAGCAUCAGACAAAAUUCCCAAACUUUGCCUUCCCAAACUGAAAUUUAUGAUAAUGACUCCUUGUUCAGGAUAAGAGAAGGCUCUGAAGUUUAUUCUAACCCAUCCCUGGACGAAAACAAACAGGGAAUCGUUUAUGCUUCCCUGAAUCAUUCUAUCAUUGGUAUGAACCUAAGACAAGCAAGACCAGUGCAAGAAGCACCAACAGAAUAUGCUUCAGUAUGUGUGCGGAGUCAAAGCCGGUCCUGA